AUGAAAAUUGCUGCCACAGCUUCGGUCAAAGCUGUUCUGUCCAUGUUUAUCGCAGCUCCAAUCGAAAUAACGAAUCUUGUCACUCUCGGAUCUGGUCCCAUCUUGUCCACAGUUUGGAUAGUGAUUGGCAAUGUUCUGAAGGCCGUAACAGCACUUGACUCAACUGGUCAAUUAAAGGAAAUUCAUCCUAAUUUAGCUAAGGACAGUGUUGGGCUUGGAGGGAGAUCAAAGGAGACAAUUAAUAGAAAGUGGGACGAAUUAGCGAUAUGUCUGAAUACUCAUGGAUCUGGAGCUACAAAAAAUGGACAAUGCUGGAGAAGGGUGAGUUUAUGUUACAUUUUGUUAUUCAUCCUUUUGUCAUCGCUAAUUCAUAAUUUUUAUAAUUAUGCUGAAUCUUAUUUUUCAUUAUAAGAUUACAACCUUUUGCUAU